CUCUAAUUUAUUGACUGCACUACGAAGUACUAAUGUUGUCUUAUUAUUUCUUAGCUCGAAAAAAGGCAAUAAUUAUUUAAUUAUUCUAUGAUUUAAGCAAUUCGAGUGCAGUUACAGUUAUUUUAUGUUUUAAACAAAGUGUAACAUGGCUCAUUUGCAAUAUAUGCCGGGAGAUCCUCGCUUAGUUGACCAGCUAGUUUAUGAGUUGAAAUCUAAAGGAAUAUUCGAUCAGUUUCGUAAAGAAUGCAUAGCAGACGUGGACACUCGGCCGGCAUAUCAGAACCUGCGGCAGCGCGUGGAGAGCUCUGUCUCUGCAUUCCUCUCCAGACAGUGCUGGAAACCAGACCUGAACAAGAACCAACUCAGAGAGAAAUUAAGGAAACAUAUCUUAGAUGGCAACUACUUAGAACAAGGAUUGGAAAGAAUUGUUGAUCAAGUAGUCAACCCGAAAGUGGCGCCAGUCUUCAUUCCUGAAGUGGAGGAUCUUGUGUAUAAUUUCCUAGGCGUCAGCAGGAAAAAGGUUCCAUUGGCUGCUGAAACUUCCACUGAAAAAACUGAAAAAAAGCCUGAAGAUAAACAAGAAAAUGUCACUGUCAACCUUCUGCCCACUGACUUAGAGGCAGUUAGUCCUGGUUCAGUCAAAAGCAAUGAUGACACUCAAGAUGAUAUAAAUAUUGAUAUGAAAGAAGAAUCUAUGGAAAUAGAUGAAGACCCGAAAGAAGAGAAAGUAAAGGAAAAGGAAGAGGAUCAGAGCAAAGCAGCCAUUAAAGACGAAAACGAAAACCCUGAGUCAGGGCAAGACAUGCAGUUGUCAAAUGGGAGCGAGGGAAUUUCUACUGUGACAGAGCAAAUAGACAAAAUGAUAAUACCAUUACCAGACGAAAUAAAACCCGAAGAUAUACCACCGCCAGAAAACAGUCCGCCUCAAAUUGAUUUGGGUAAAAUUGAAUUACCUAAGGAUAACAUUGAUUCUCUAAAGCCUAUAGACAUACCUCUCCCCAACGAAUCGCCUAAAAUGGAAAAAGAAAAUUAUUUCAAGCCUAUUGUUAGUACACAUACUGAUGAAGAUGAAUCGAGUUCUGAUUCUUCCCUUAGAAGAAACAUGUCUCCUUUAACUCCAAUAAGAAAUUUCAUUAAUGAAAACUCUUGUGACGCUCAACAAGGUUUUGAAAAUGAUACUGAAAACAAAGAUGAUGAAAAGAAAGAGCCUAGUUCUUUUAGAUUCGCCAUAGAUGCGAAAUCUGCAGAAAAUAGCUCUGAUGCCGCCAAACCAGAGAAGAAAGAUGAGCAAGCGAACCUCGCAUACCAGUUUAACAAUCAAGUAAAUAUAAACAAUUUUAACACACCAAUGUAUGAUGACAGUUCCAACAGCAAUAAUUUGCAAAUUGAUUAUGAAAGUGACGCUAAUAGUAAGAUAAAUGCUGAAAAUAAAGUUCUGGAAACUGAGAAUUCUAAAGAUUCUACAAAGGGAAAAAAGCCUGAUGAAAAACGAAGCAGUCAAAAGAGUUCACAUAGAUCACGUGACUCUCAUCGACAGUCUAGCAGUAAAGACAGGAGAUCGGAUUCCAAACAGUCAACAUCUAGAGAUAGUAGCAGACAUGACAAGAAAUCAAAAGAUGAUCGUGGCAAGUCGAAAUCAAGCCACAGAGAAAGAGAAAGAUCUAAAGAUAGAAGUGAUAAGAAAGAUAGUAGAGAUUCGUCCAAACAUAGAAGCUCUCAUAAAAGUUCUAGUAGUAGUUCCAAGGAUUCCAAACCACAUAGAAGUUCUAGCUCUAGCCAGAAGCAUUCAAGCAAAAAUGACGAUAAAAAAUCAUCAUCAAGCCACAGAGAUAAAAGUGAUAAGAGUUCUGAUAAAAGUAAAGAUAGAAAAGAUUCUAAAUCGAGUUCUCAUCGAUCAGAUAAAGAUAAAAAAAGCAGCAGCAAGAGCAAAUCCGAUGAAAAAGACAAAAAGAAGGAUAAAAAGGAUACCGAUGACCAUUAUAGUUUGUCAGGCAGAGGCAACAAUACCAGACGCUCUACUGAUCGAGAUUCUAAUGAUGGAAGUUCUUCCUCCAAAAGUUCACACAACCCCCCAAGUUCGAAGUCUUCUGAAAACAAAAACAAGGAAAGCAAAGAAUCUAGUUCUAAAUCAGAUAACACUUCCACCAGUGGUGAGUCUACGAGUCCUAGCGAUAAGGAAGUUCUUUUAGCACAGCUUGAACGACAUCCUGUAAACGCACCUGGAGUUAAACCCGUCAGGGUCGAUACACAUUUAGAAGUUCCCGUCUCGUCUCCGCCGAGACUCCCUUUUGUCCCGAACGUAACUUUAAAGAAGCCGAAAUUCGCUGCAAACCUCAAAGAAGCAAAAAAGAUGAUGAAAAUGAGAAAGUUUUUGGAUGAAGAACAAAAGAGGAUGAAUCAGGAAGCUGCUUUACUUUUAGAAUUCCAAGCAAAUGUGAGACCGAGUUUGAGCCAAGUAUACUCAAGCAUUCCUGGCCCAGAACUGGAAUUUGCUUGCGGCAGUAAAAACCAGCUUGAAUAUCAAGUAAUACAUCGAGAUAGUGAAGAAUCAAACUCGAUGCGUGACUCCUGCCAGGAAGUGAAAAUUAUGCUUGAGAACUUGGAUGCACAAGCUAUUAAAGAUAUUAUUGGUGUUACCAGGCACGAUGAACAAAAUGUUGAAGACAGUUCAACAUUUGAUCAACCGAAUGAAAUUGACAAUGCAGUAACAGAAAAUGUUACAAUUCUGAAAGACAGUGAGAUUAAGGACGAAGAUAAUGAAGACUUAGGAAACGAAGCUGUCAAAUCGAAUGAAAACGAUGGCUACGAUUUAAAAAAUGUUGUAGAAAGUAAAACAGAAACGUAUGAAGAGAACAAACCGUUUUCUCAAUUGGUAGACGAAAUUAUCCAGUAUGGCAAAGCGUCGGAAAGAAUGAAAAUGAAUAACGAAAAACCAAAUGCUGAAAAUCAAGAUAAAGCUAGAAAUGACUUAUUCGAAGUUACAAUAAUUACGGAAGAACUGUCGGAAAAUGAAGAGGCGGAAUUCGAGAAAUGCGAUGAAACCACAAAAGUCGAGAAUACUUUAAAUGAACCUCAAUUACAAUAUUUUGAUGAACAAGAAAGGAUCGAGGCGGACUUUCAAAGGCACAAAUUCAGGAACUUCUUGAAGAGACACACCUACUCCACCUGCACUAAUAAAAUGUAUUUAAUCAAUUGCGGAACUUACGAAGAGAAUAUUUUCAAAGAAGUAUCAGCUACUUUUGGGGAAUAUGAAAUUGUGAAUUAUCACAGAAAUGGACACUUGAAAUUGCCGAACAAGAAUAUAGUGAAAGACGUUAAUUUGGAAACGGAAAUAACUUUACCAGUCGAUAGUACUGAAGAAACUCCAUUACCAAACGCUGUUUUUAGCCCAGUGAAAUCUGAAUGUUCUUUUGAAUUGUCAAGCGAUUAUGAUGCGAAAUUAGAAGAGAUGGUAAAUAAAACAUCUAGGCAAGAGAUAAUGGAGAUUAUACUUGGCAGUGCAGUAGACGAGUCGCCGAGCAAGGCGCCGAAGAUAAACUACUGCGUGGACCCGUUUAUGACGAAUGAUAACGUAUUAAAGAGAAAGAUGAACGAAGUGGACAGCACAAUGAAUAACAACAAGCAAGUGUUGACGUCGAAUAAAAUCAGGAAGCUGAGUGGAUCGGAUCAAAUCACUUCUACUACUGAAGAACCCGAAGAAGUAUCAAAUAACAACAGAAUACCUCAGAGCACAAGAUCUAAAUACCUAGGUCGUGCUAAAAGGGUUGGUUUGCCGCGCCCGAGAAAAACCAAUCUGCCAAACAGUCCAUCGAGUGACAAAUCCGUGGAAAACUACGAUGACUCAACACCUCACACGCCGAACGGAAAACUGAAGACCCCACAGAGGUCCAAAAUACAAAGAUACGACACCACAGACCUGUACAAGCCCAAGCUUCACUAUCUGUCUAGAAGGAACAAUGUUAGCUAAGUGAAAAAAAAUAUAUAUAAAGGUAUUAAUCUACGACCGAUUGGUAGAAAAUGGCGGCCAAUUGGCGGGUACAGUACGAUUAGUUUCUAAAUUCUGCCGCAAGAUGUCGCUGUCGUAUCGGUGUUGCCACGUUAUGUUUGGUAGAAAAUGUUUCUACCGUUGUGAUUUAUUUGAGGGGUUAAUUGUGUAAAAAAGUAUUUCUUUUACAUUUCUAGUUGCCUUCAAUAAAAAAAACAUUGCAAGCAAUAAAAAACGCUUAACUAUUAAAUACAGUCGGAUAUUACUUCAUGUUUUUUGAAUCUAUUUUAUCUAUAUAUUUAUCAAUAUGUAUCAAUAGUGAAUAACCAAAUAUAUAACACCAAAUAUAUAAGACAAAAUAUUUAUCAAUAGAAAAAAAUGUAGUACAGCCGGACUCUGCCGUCAGGGUAUUACAAAUGGGAGUCGAACCUAAUCGCUUAGUCUCAUGGACAGCAAACAGUAUGGGUACAAACAUGCGUUCAUUUUCUAACUAUUCAUUUCCGAAAAUUUCAUAAUAAUACAAGUACCAAAAAUGAUAGAGCCUUGCAGAUUGUUUCGGCAUCAAAGUGUCAUUAUAUGGUGUGAUAUAAUAUAUUAAUAUCAGCUCUGUAUUAUAUACUGACCACUGCUGGAUACGGGCCUCCUCUACUACUGAGAGGAUUUAGUCUAACUUUUCAUAUAGGCCUAAAGUCAAAACACUAUAAAAAUAAUAUGGAUGUCCAUAACAUCUUUACUCAAAAACUGUGAGUGAAAAAAAAAAAUACUUUCUCGCUCUCUCAUUAAACUCUUGACGUCAGCAUGUUUAUGGCGCUAUGUUAUUUAGAUCGGCUACUUUUUACAUACAUUAAUCUGCAAUAAAAUUUCUAUAGAGUUAUACGGUUAAACAUUGAAUGUAAAUAAAACAAUACUGCCAAUAGUCUCAUGUAAUGAUAGAUUAAGGUUUCCUUUGUUAUUCAUUAGAAACAAGGCUUCUAGUAUAGUUUUUUGUGGUGAAGCUUGUGAUACACUGGGUAGCUAUCGUACUCCAUAUAACUAAUAUGUCCACAAAAUUAUAGCCGUUGAAACAAAAAGGGGUUCGUUCAAUCGACUCGUGGUUUGUAGUCUAAUGGUGCGAUUCCACCAAUGUUCUGAACUAUUUCGCACAGUCCUGCACAACUUGCGUCAUACAUGAUUACAUCGGUCGACCCACUCAAGCAACCAGUAAUAAAUUGAAAUUGGAAGGCGUUAAGGGCUUAAUACGUGCACUGCUGGAGUUGUACACAAAAUGUUUGUAAUCGAACCCUAAGAGAGUGCUGAAGUAUAUCUAGCAAGAUGGCGGACGUUAUGCUGAUUGUCAAGAGACGUUAUAACAACCAAUUCAGGUCCUCUUCGCAUUAUUGUCACAAUUGUCUAAACUUUAAAGUGUAAAAUAUGCCUAACGCCAGUCUAUACAGGACAGUUUUAAAACCAUCUCAACAAUUGUAUAAAAAUCAGCUUGCGAGAUCUUGAGUUCAUCCCAGUGGGAGGUAAUGAAUGUAGUAUAUCCUCGUUACAAUGCGCGUUGAAUAAAAACUCUGGUCGGUAAAGUCCCUCGUAGUUGAUAGUUUGAUACCCAUGACAACACUUUUAUCAAAUGUGAGGUCAGAACUACCAGUAUGUCAGUUGGGAUUAUUUAUAAAGACAUAUUCAUUAGCAACAGGCAUGUGUAUCACGGGCUUUAUUGAUAUAAGCCUCUCGAUUAGUCAUCCUAUAUUAUUAGUAGAGAAGUAUAUGUAAAUAAUAAUUAUUAUAAUAUGUGAUUACAGUUUACACAUAAAUGUUAAUAAAUAACUACACUGAGCGAAAUAUCCGAAUCGAUUGGACAGUAUUUAAAAUUAUACGGAUUAAUUCGAUUAUUUAUCGAUUAAGCAAUUGUAAAUUCGGAAUCAAAGUAUUAAAAAUUACUAAAGGACGUCGCCAAAGGGUAUAGAGACAGAUGAAGCACGGAUAGAAAGAGAAUAAAAACUUUAAAUCGACCACAUUAAUAAAAUCGAAACAAGCACUAUAGAAAAUUAAUAAAACUGCCCUCACUAUAAAAACAUUGAAUGCCGCAAAAUAAUGUGUACAAGAGUCCUUUGGGUUGAAGUUCUGUAUGAAUUAUACUUUUAGUGAAGGUGUGGGUAGGGCCGUCCCCGUUGGCUAUUGGCGACUGCUACGAUGUUAGUUACGAAGUAUUCGGUGUUGACCACCUAUUCUCAUCUAGGGCUUUGGUGUGAUAACGAAAUUGUAAAUUGUAUUCGAUGCGUUACUUCAUUUUACUUUACAAUAUCAUUUUAAAUUAUGAUUAUGGUAUUUUAAAAGAUUUAAAUAACAUUCUUACUUAAAAGCAAAAUUUAACCAGUAAUUACUGUAAUCUGUUUUGUAUUUUGUAUUAACUUCUGUUGUUAUUGCCAGAAUUUAUUCAAUGUAAGAAUAAUCUUACAAAAUUUCGUUCAGAGACAUUAUUGUCUCUGAACGAAAUUUUGUUUGGAGUUUCGAUACAGUGCUUAAACUCUAGAAUGCGUUGGGGUAAGUUCGGAUUACGAAGUAAGACUAUUGAUUAAAGAAUGCUUAAUCCUACCUGAAACUAGUUCAGUGGCCAUCAAUUGAGAUUCAUUACAAAAUGGCGCGGCACGCUGGGUCGUCUAUGCUAGAAAUUAAUCUGUUAUAGCAUUACGUAAUUUUAACCGGUCUUACCCCAUUAUCCGAACUUACCCAACGUAUUAAAAAAAUUGCGUAUCUGGAUAAUAGGUGAACUCAGGAAAGUGGGUUUUCCAGUUGCCUAUGUUAUUUAUCGUGUGUGCUCCCGCCAGUAUAUUGGUCGAACCGAUAAUGAAUAUGUAAAGUAAUAUAAUUAUUUACAGCACGUAACCUAAUUAACAAUAAUUGUUAUUGAGAAAUAAGUCCUCUUUAGAUGCGGUUUGAGUCCAACAUAAAGUCCAGCUUUAAAAGUUAAAAGUUUAUUGUGUUUUUAAAAAUUACUAUAAUGUUGUUUAUGGGUAUAAAUACAACGUUCUUGUCACAAAUUCUACCGCAGAACUUAUACUGCGCUUGAUACCCGCGUUCCACCCAAUAGUUUUCGGUUGUGCAUUUCCUUGUUUCUAUACUGCUUUUCUAAAGUUUCAAUAUUAUAUCAUAUUUUUCAAUGGCUCAGGCGUGAUCAGAAUGUAAAGAACUAAGAUUACUAAGUGGCUAUUCUUUUUAAUAGGGAAGGGGUGUGUUGCGUUCAUUGUGAAAGAUUUAUUUAUUAGAUUCUAAUUUAAAUUACAGAAUGAAAAUCACUAACAUUAGAAAUGGAAUUGAAAAUAGCAGGUAGCUGUACGGUCAGCAUUAAAUUUAUGUGCUAGUUGUAUGAUGGAGUGAUUUCGUUUAUAAAUUAAACCUCGAAACGCUUCUUUUUAUGUCGUUUGUACAUAAAAUUAAGAGCACAAUAAAUUGUAGAUAAUUUAUAUUAGUAUUGUCGUUUCUUUGGGUUAGUGGCAAUAUGCAUGGUUUACUACGACGUCCUGAGUAAUGGAGUAUUUGACUUAUUUUUAUUUUUUCUUUAAUCAAAUAUUUACUUCAUAUUAAUUCUUACACUGAGUAGUCAUUAAAAUGUGGUAAAUCAACAAGUUACAACUCUUUAAAUUUCCGUAGAAGGGGUAAGUGUCAAGAAACGGGAAAAUAGACGCAAUACGCGCAUGUGACGUCACCAGGAAUAGAUGCGUGCGCAAGAAAGAGAUGAAGCUAUAUCCGUACUACGCACCCACGCACAUUGUAUUAUUUAAAAUAUGAAUAACUGUGUUAUUUCUUAAACAAGUAAUCCAGUUUGUACAGAAGGGCUUAUCUUCCACACUCUUUAUUGUUACAUAUAGAGGCACAUCAAAAUGAAACGUAGGAAAAUAACUUAUUGUGAUGGGCAAUUGUGUGAUGCAUUGUUUAUGAUUUUCUAUUGUUUAUGUAAAAUACAUGCACCGUUAUUUUUGUUUCUGAUUACGUAUUGUCUUUGGGACCAUGCAAGUGUGCAGUGAGAAGCGAAAGUAAGAAGCUAUUUACAAUUCCAUUUAUCAAUUGAGCAGCUUUGUGAGGCAAAUAAAAUAUAAUAAGCAAUUUAUUUGAAGGUUUUCAACAAUUAAUUCGAGUUGUGUUUGUGAGUCAUUGAUACUAUAUUAUAAAUAAUUUCAUGCAAAUAUAUGUAAUUUAGAAUUUAUGUAAAUUUAAUAUAAUUUUGUAUGAAAUCAUCACAAGUUGUUGAAUGAUUUUGGACCGUAUUUUAUAUGACAAAUGGCGAAAGUGUAAUAAAGGCUUAUUUAAUGGAUUUUAUUUAUAUAUAUGAUUUGUUAACAAUAUUCGUGUCGAAACAAAAUGUUCGCGAAAUAUGUUAAAGAACAUUUAUUUCGGACGAAUUGUAAAUUUUAUAAGUAUUGGUACGUAUUUUGAGCUGAAAGCUAAAUACUUAAAGGGUUACAUACAAGCUUAAGAAAGGGGUCGAUAGAGACUUUGGAAUUAAAAGUGUGUUCCUACAGUUAAGCACUUAUUAAUGUCGCGAUUGGCUAAUUUCCUUGAACCUUGUUUGGUAAUGAUUAAAAAUUCUUUGGUGACUCAUUGAACUGCACGGAAUUUGUGUACUAGGCUAUGUUCCACUACUUCCCCUCCCCUCGUAAUCAUAUCAAGUUUAAUUGAAUUCUCAUUAUUAUUAAAUUGUGGAACAGUUUGUCAGCAUACGUGAUCCUUGCACCCUAUAAGUUGGGGUCUCCAAGCAGAGCAUGCAGAAGCAAUAGGGGACCGGCCUAUGCUUGAUUUUGUACAUUAUUCUAUGUGUAAUGGCUUUAAAUACGAAAAAGAAGCACUUCUGCGAAAACAGCAUAAAAAUUGGUUAAAAAAUGAGCGAGUAAUUCAUACUUAAAAUAUUGUAAUGUGUGCAGGAGUGGGCGCGAUGUGGGGAUAUCGCUUCAUCUCUUUCUUUCGCACGCGUCGUAAUUCCCGAUGACGUCACAUGUGGAUAUUUUGUCUCUUUUCUGUUUCUUGUUAAUUACCCCUUCCACCAAAAUUCAAAUGCUUAUAACUUGUUGAUUUUUCACCGGAUUUUAAUAAUUUCUUCGGUGUUAUAAUUUAUACUAUGUAAAUAUUUGAUAAUUGUUAAGAACAAAAAUGAGUCCGGUACCCUAUUGAGUAGGCCGGCGUUACUGUGCCGAAUGUCUGGGGAUGUUUAUGUCGUCGCAGUCGAUAUGUUUUCACCAUAUCUUCAUUUAACCUGAAGUGCAGUGCUGUAGUGAUGCCGUGACCACAAUAAAAAAAAAAUUGGGGAAGCCUUACUCAGCAGUGGGGCAUAUUUAAAUUUAUAUGUGCACUCAUUUAGGAUACUUCCAUCUACAUUAUACUCUCAAAAUACGUCUCAAUACUACAUGGUGUGAUUACAUUAUUUAUUAUAAGUUAAUGCGAUGUAUAAUUUAUAUACUCUUCAAAUAACCUUGGAUUUGUCCGGAAGGUCGCAAACCGCAUCUCAAGAUGUGUAGCGGUUAGCAACAUGACAGUAACGCAUGUGAUGUAUAUAGAGUAGGGUAAUUAUUGUUAUAUAAAGUAAUUUAAUUUGCAAAUUAUUAUAUGUUAUGAAAUAAACAUUUUUUUCUCA